UUGCUGCGAACAAACUUUAAUUGGCACAAAGCUGACAUAAACAAUAAUUUGAAACUCGAUAAAGCCACAUAAACAGUUGAGUGCUUAGUUAAGUGAUAGUCAUGGAUCCAACCAUAUCCGUCUCAAAGGGAUGUUUUGUAUAUAAGAAUGGCGCCACUCGCGCUAAUAAAAAAACGCCGACUAAACGGAAACGUUCUGGCCAAAAUACAGCGGCAACUAGCAGUCUGCUUGGCAAGGAAGUCACUUCACAGCCGUUCUAUGUGGCCUACACAGAAUGCUGGAGUCAACUACACAGUCACAUUGUGGAGCUGCAGACGGAAAGCAAUGCACGCACACUGCAGCAACUGGUGGAGUUUGUAACCGGAGAGGGAGCGAGUGGGGGAGCGGAAGGAUGCAAAACGGAAAUUUUGCCCACAGCUGCGCUGUUGACGGGAAUCAAUCAGCCAGAUCAUUUAAAGCAAUUUGAGACGCUGACUCAACGCUUGCAUGCGUUGCAGGCUGCUUGCGUCUGCGUCUUGCAAUCUCGUGAUUGUGGCACUUUGAAAGCAGCUGUCGAGUCCAUGGUGUACAAUUUAAUGGAAGCCCAGUCGACAGCUACGACAACAACUCCAUCAGAUGACGAGGAUGUGGAGGAUGAAGGUGCUCGCGAUCGCAAACGUCUGCGUCGUAGUCAGUGCACGAUGAAGCAGCUGAACUCCUGGUAUGCCAACAAUUUCGGUGCAGCUGGCAAGCAACGUGCCCUCGUCGUAAUUCUGCCCGAUUUUGAGUGCUUCAAUGCCAGCGUCCUGCAGGAUUUUAUACUUAUACUCAGCGCUCAAUGCGGUCGCUUGCCCUUUGUGCUGGUUCUUGGCGUGGCGACCGCCAUGACAGCGGUUCACAGCACAUUGCCCUACCAUGUCAGCAGCAAGAUCAAGCUGCGUGUGUUCCAGACCCAACCAGCGCCCACAGGACUUAACGAACUGCUGGAUAAAGUACUGCUCUCGCCCAAGUAUGCUUUCCAUUUGUCCGGCAAGGCAUUCAAGUUUCUGACGCACAUCUUUCUGUACUACGACUUCUCCAUACAUGGCUUCAUCCAAGGAUUUAAGUACUGCCUAAUGGAACACUAUUUUGCCGGCAAUGCCUUUGCGCUGUGCACGAACUACAACCAGGCCUUGGGUCGCAUCAAACAGUUGACACACGACGACAUGGAGACCAUCAGACGUCUGCCCUCGUUCCGGCCAUAUGUGGAGCAGAUAAACGAUUGUAAACGCAUUAUAGCCGUGCUGACCGACGAUGAUUACUUGAAGAAGAAGCUGCCACAGCUGUUGCGCGAUUGCCUGCUCCACUUUAUGCUCUUUCGCAGCUGCCUCGAGUUCUUCACGGAGCUGGUUGGCGAUCUUCCACGUUGUCCGCUGGGCAAGCUGCGUCGCGAACUUUAUGUGAAUUGUUUAAACAAACCGAUUACACAGCAGCCCGAGUAUAAGGAAUGUUUUCAGAUGCUUAGCUUCAUGUCCAAGGAUGAGUUCAGUGCCAAGGUGUCCAAGGCCAUUGCCAGGACUGAACAGUUUCUUAGCGAGCAGAUCGCUCCACUAGAAUUGGGUGAAGCCUGUGCUGAAGUAAUGCACAAAGAGUUGCAGUCUCUCAAGACAUUGCUCAACGAUGUCGAGCUGGCUACUAUGGAACAGCAACCACAAGCCAGUGAUUCCACAUCUUCGACAGAGGCCCGCCCUUUGGCCGAUCUCAAGCAGGUUGCUUCACGGCAGCAACUGAAGGAGCAGCUGCUGCAACGCAGUAAACAGGACAAACAGCAGACAAUCUCGGAGUAUGCACGCGCUUUAAAUAAGAUUUUGACCCAUAUUGAGUCGCAUCUGGUGCUGGCCCAUCUGCGUCCGCUACAGAAUGCACCUCCACUUCACGAACUCUUCGUAUUUAGCGACAUUUCAACGGUGCGCCGCAACAUCAUUGGCGCUCCUCGUGCUGCUCUCCACACGGCACUCAACAAUCCUCAUUUCUACAUGCAGUGCAAGUGCUGUGAGUUGCAGGAGCAAUCACAGCUGGUCAGCACCAUGCCCGACCUAUCGGUGGUCUACAAAUUACAUUUGGAGUGCGGACGCAUGAUAAACCUCUUCGAUUGGCUGCAGGCAUUCCGCUCCGUCCUGCGUGCUGGUGAGGAGCAGAACGAGUUGGAGCCAACCCAAGAACAGAUCGAUCCGCAAGUUCAAGCACGCUUCACCCGCGCCGUGGCCGAACUUCAGUUUCUCGGCUACAUUAAAAUGUCCAAACGGAAGACGGACCAUGCCACACGACUGACCUGGUAGUCCAUGCAAAAUGUUCAAUCCAUCUAUACUGUUAAGAUCUAAAUAAGUUGUAUUUUGCAGUAUAUUUAUU